AUGAAGUACGGAAACUACCUCAAGGAGAGGAAGCAGCAACUCCCCGAGGAAUGGCAACAAGUCUUUGUCGACUACGACGCCCUCAAGACAUAUAUCAAGACUCAUAUCGCACCCGCCUGUCUUAAGCCAAGUAUCGCCCACCAACAAGCCCACCCUGCCGAUAAUACAACCCUCGGUUCAAAUGCCUACAACACCCCUCAGGUCCCUCACCUCCAGCCCUCGCCCAUCAUCGGAGGUACUUCCUCGGCCUCCACAGUUGCUGCCCACGAGGACCUCAAUGCCUUCUCGGCCAUGAUUGCCUCUAGGCUCACGGUCCUCCAGAUCAAGGUCCCCGAGUUCUUGGCCUUGCUCGAUCAACAAGUCGGAGACGUCUCGACCUUCACUACCCUCCAGACCCGCAGGAUCUAUGAGGCUUACGGAGCCUUCCAGGGCGUUCAGGUCGGAUUGGGCCUUGCCUCCUCGACCAACGACAGCAAAUUGGCUCAAGAUACAGUAAACGGUAUCGCUCCUUCUACAGCCUCCACGGAACCGGCUUCAUUGGAGACACUAUUGCAGUCGGUCCUCAAGCUUGAAAAGUACAUCUUCUUGAACUACACGGGCAUUGUCAAGAUUAUCAAGAAGAUGGAUCGUCAUGCCGGUCUGAGCAUCAGUGAAGCCUACCUGGGUCGUGUCUGGAAGCUGCCGUUUGCCAGGGCGGAGCAGCUGAGCACGCUCAAGAAGGAGCUUAUGGAGAAGCUGAGCGGUGUCGGUGUCAUGAUUAAGACCAACAACACCAGCUCUGCUCAAGUCGAAAGUGCUCUAUCUCGAUCAUUCGAAUCGCCGUUCUCUCCUCUGGCGCUCAACUUCAAAUCAGACUCGCCCGUCAUGAUGUGGCGCCCUACCGCCCUGACCCCUACAGAAAAGACCUGGUUUCCUCCAGCAGCUCUCUUACCCCACCAGCGAGUUCUCAUCUCCAUGUCCGGCCCCCACGGAACCGAUAUUAUUGGAACUCUUCUGGAAUGUGCGGCCAAGUACCAAUGUGAGGUCGAGGAUUUCUCGUUCGCUCGUCUCUACCACAAUGUCACCUUUGCGAUCCUGAUCACCAUCAAGAACGACGACAUGGAUAUCUUCAAGGACCUCGCGACGGCUGCCAAGAGGUGGGAUGCGACGUUGACGUUUGAUAUUCUGGACUCGCUCAAGAAGGACCCUCAUUUCGGAAACUACGUCCCUGGAUCUUUGGAGGAUGCGCCCUACGAGGGGCGGUCCAAGUACACAGCUACGGUACUCUGUCAACAUGGGCUUACGUCUGCUUUCCUCUCGGAUUGGACACACCUCUUGCUGGUCAACAAGAUCUCAGUCGAGAAGAUGGUUCGUCUGAAUGAGGGCCAGCUCGCCUGUGCUGAUUACAAGCUGUCGAUCCCUGCUAGCUUGAACAUGGAUAAGUUUAGGGAGUCUCUCUUCCAGCUCAGUGCGGAUCAUGGAACUGAUGUUGCCAUGCAGCCUUAUGAUGUCUUCCGCAAGCAUAAGCGUCUGGUCGUCUUUGAUAUGGAUUCGACACUCAUCCAGCAGGAAGUCAUUGACGAGAUUGCCCGUCACGCCGGUGUCAUGGAGCAGGUUUCCGAAAUCACGGAGGCGGCAAUGAACGGAGAAAUCGAUUUUAAAGAAUCCCUCAAGCGCCGCGUAGCCCUCCUCAAGGGCACCCCCGUCUCCGUCCUCGACACCGUCCGCGAACAAUUAACCUUCACAGAGGACGCCCUCUACCUAUGCAAGGCCCUCAAGAAGAUCGGCUUCAAACUCGCCGUCAUCUCUGGAGGCUUCAUGCCCCUGGCUCUACAUGUCAAGAACAUCCUCGGACUGGACUACGCUUUCGCAAACCAGCUCAAGGUCUCCCCCGAUGGGUUGUAUCUCACUGGAGAGACGGUCGGACCUAUUGUUUCGGGUGAAAGGAAGGCAGAGUUGUUGGAGGUUAUUGCCCAGGCGGAAUCGGUUACGUUGGAUCAGGUUAUUGCGGUCGGUGAUGGCGCGAAUGAUUUGUGGAUGUUGGCUAAGGCUGGUCUGGGGAUUGCGUUUAACGCAAAGCCAAGGGUGCAGCAGAAGGCUAGGGCGAGGAUUAAUCAAAAGUCGCUCAAGUAUGUUCUUUACUUGCUUGGAUACGAGGAUGCCGAGAUCCGACAGCUCGCCAACUCGUAA